AAGGAACAAAGUUAUUGGAGUAUUUUUUUUCAGUUUUUCCUAAUAAAAAGGACGAAAGCGAUCGAUUCUGUAGAAAAAGAAAGAGAAUUAAAUUGAUUGAUUUAUUAUUAAAGGGAACAGAGAAAGAAGGAACACAGAUUCACACAAAAAUCCAAAUCAUCGAUGGCUAAAGCUGGCGGGGUUUGGAUUUUGCCGUUGAUCGCCGCCUGGUGGUGGCUGUCCACGGCGGCGACGGUGAGGGGUUCGAAUUCGACGACGAUUUACGACGAGCUUCGGGCGCAGGGUCUUCCGGUGGGGCUUCUUCCGAAGGGAAUUGCGAAGUACUCGUUCAACGGAACAAGUGGGGAAUUCGAGGUGUGGAUGCCGGAACCCUGCAACGCGAAGUUCGAGAACGAGGUGCACUACGAUUCCAACAUAAAGGGUAUCCUCGGAUUCGGUCGGAUCGGGAAAUUGUCCGGUAUGUCGGCGCAAGAACUUUUUUUGUGGUUUCCUGUUAAGGGCAUUCGUGUGGAUGUUCCCACCUCUGGUCUUAUACACUUUGAUGUCGGUGUUGCGGAUAAGCAGUUAUCUCUGUCCCUUUUUGAAGACCCUCCUGAUUGUAACCCUGAGGUUAAUGCUGGUAGUGAAGGUGUGCUGAGGGCUGCUUGGUAGAAGAUAAGAUAGCAUUGCAUCAUCAAUCGGUUCCUCUACCUGUGUACUAAGUUUGGUCUUCAUUCAUAUGUAUAUGUGUAUAUAUACAUAUAUGUAUGUAUAUACAUAUAUAUCUUGUACAGUGAGAUUUUUUUUUUUAUUUCUUUAUUUCUGUUUCGAUUGAAUGAAUCGCCUGUCUGAAGGGACAAAGGAUGAAAAUUUUUGAUGGCUGGAAGCAUGUUCUCAAAAUCUGUGACAGACAAAGGAUGUAGGGUUAGAGUGGUUUAGCUAAUAUUAUAUAAAGGUUUUAUUAUCUGUGUUUUGGUCUUUUA